GCCAAGGCGCGUCUGGGUAACGAGCAAAGGAAGCGAUGGACGCGCCGUGCGUCGAUGCGCCGCCUGUCUCCUUCGGCGGGGCGACGACGAACGGCAAAGUCCCGGGAGCGUGACUCACGCCGCGCCAGGUGGCCAAUGAGCCGUGACUGCGAGGCUGUUUUUGCGACGACCAGUUUUCACAUGCACCUCAAGUACAGCGACGUCCUCGACAUCGUCGGCAGUGCGGCGCGCGACGGCGGCGAGCUCGGCGUCGCGUCGCGCACCAAAUGGCCGUGGACGUUUCGCGACUAUCACGCGGACAUGCCCCACGAGCUCCUCCUCCGGCGCGGCGCGUCGCUCGUGCACCACGUUGCGCACGAGUGCAAGGCGCGCAACAUGCUCGAGCACGCGGGCUCGCUCGACGAAAAGGUGUUUGCGAGCAAAGACAGCAGCCGGAACCUCUUUAGCGUCAACGCAAUGGUCGAGAUGGCCGGGUCGAUUCCCCAAGUGCUCGAUGUGCUCGUCGGCAAGCACGGCGACGACUAUGGCAGCUUCCUCGCGCGCGUCUUUCGAGGCCACCUUGUCGGCACGGCGACGCUGCGCGCCCUCGCUGUCUCGCCCGACGGCUACAUCCACGAGAAGCCGCCGACGUCCGAGGCGGGCGCGUCCACCGACGCCAUGGACGACGGCAACACGUUCAACCACGUGGCCGCGAUCGCGACUGCCGAGCUCCGUGAGACGCAUUUUUUCAAAAAGGUGUCCAAGGAGCUGCUGUAUAUGGACUUUAUGCACAUCCAGCCCAACGAGCGCGCCGUCACGCGCGUCUUCAAGACGAUCGACAACGAGUCGGGGCCGAUGAGCGCGCAGGCCAUGGACCGCUACAAGCACGUGCUCUUUGGGUACCACGUGGAGCGGCUCGGGCGCGGCGACCGGCUCCGCAUUAGCUUUUACGGCGACUAUUGCAUUAGCACCAAGCAAAAGCAGUCGUGGAAGGACACAAAGCACCUUCUUGAGAAGCUCGCUGCGUCCGUGCACCUCCUCAAGCGCAUUUGCGAGCGCCAGCACAUCGAGUCGGCGCUGCCGUGGACCACCGACGACAAGGACGCCAAGAAGUGGUGCCACGUGUGCCACAAGUCGUUUUCGCUCUUCCGGAAGCGCACGUACUGCAAGUACUGCGCGCUGCCCGUGUGCUCCGACUGCUUCAAGUUUGAGCCGAUCGCAAUGGCUGGCGGCGCGAGCUAUGAGGUGUGCAUCUGCCGCCUCUGCAAGACGACGCGCCAAGCGCGCACGCAGAGCACGCGCGCGUCAAUGAGCUCGCACCUCUCGUCGCACCACCGCGUGUCCCGGUCGUCGGCGAACCGGCACUCGGUCGGGUACUAUGACGCCGACGACGACGCGCACGAACACGCCAAAGGUACCGUACCGCUCUCGAUCGUUCCCGAGACGGACCCGUGCAGCCUCUGCCGGCAACCCACCGCGUCGGCGACAACUUGCCGGCUCUGUCGGCAGUCGUGCUGCGCCCACUGCUGCCGCAUCCAGCAGUACACCAACCGGCAUGGCAUCGCGUUCGAAGCGUGGCUCUGCCUCCAGUGCCUCGCGUCGACGACGCAGGCGGUCACUGGUCCACCGUCGCACAAGCGCGACCGGAUAUCCGUCUACGAAAAGCCGCCGGCACCGACGGCCGAGCCGACGACGACAACAACCAACAACAAUUUUACCGCGUCCGACUUCAUCGAUACUGCGUCGUACGCGGUCAAGCACCUCGUGGCCAACCCCAACCCGAAUCCCAACCCCAACGUGAAUCCCAACGCGAAUCUGAAUUCGAAUCCGAGUGCAGCUCCCGCCAAGGGCGGUAGCGCGGGGCGGCCGUCGACGGACCGUGCGAACGAAGCACGGUACUCGCGGCACAGCACCAACGAGGCGCGCUUCCAGCACGAGCAGCACCGCCUCAGCGAGCAGUCGGAGCUCCGGUCGAGCUUUAGCGUCGACGACACGAGCUUUGACAACACGGCGGGCGACGGCGGCUACACGUUUGCGCUACCGAUGCACGUCGAGGGCAGCAACGCGUCCGAAGACAAUGCAAGCGUCAUGAACACGACGCUGCAUCGCGGCGACGACGACGACGACGAGGCGCACCCGCUCUCGGCCACGUCGCCGAUCGUGCUCAACGGCGUCGCCUUCCACACCGAGUCGCUCCUCGCGCUGCCCAAGGGGGCGCCCAAGCCAAAGCCGCCACCGUCGUCGCCCAAGCAGGUCGUGUCGCUCGGCGCUGUCUCGAACGCCCGCCUCCUCCUCCACGACAACGCAUCGUCCACCAAGAAGCAUAUCGCGUCGAGCAGCGUCCAGAGCAACGAGAACGCAGUGCCGAGCGUCCGGUCAACCGCGCCGAGCACCAACAUGGUGCCGAGGGACGCGCGGUCGACGGCCACCAACGACGCGCAAGAUGCGAUCGAAGCAGAGACCUUGCGUGUCGUUGCGUUUCUCGACAUGGCGUCCAACGAUGCACUCGACAGCAUUUGCCACACGAUCGCGACGCGCAUGGACUGCGCGUACGGGUUUGUCGUGUUGAUUUAUAAGGGCGACUUUGUGCUCAAAGGCGCCGCGUCCGGCGACCGCGCGGACGCCGACGCGCCGACACAGAUCCCGCGGGACUGUAUUCUUUCGAGCCACAGCUGCCAAGUGCCGCUGAUGCUACCGGACGCCGAGAUGGACCCGCGCUUUGCCCACUCGCCGCGCGUUCUGGGCGACGAGCGCAUCCGCUUUUAUUAUGGCCUUCCGCUCGUGUCGCCCUCGGGCGUCCUCCUCGGGACGGUGGCCGUCGCCGACACGCACGCCCGCGUGCGUAUUUCCUCCAAGCAGCACCAAGCCAUGAUCUGGUUUGCCGAGUCGACCGCCGCGCUCAUCGUCCACCGCGUCCAGACCAUGUAACACGCGCCUCAUUUGUCACGCGCUCAACACGACGUCUCUAUGUAUAUAACUGUUUGUUCCAGUG